AUGCUGCACGCACAGUCCUUCCUGCCAUGGCUGCUUCUGCUAGCGAUGCCUGUCCGCACCCACACCUGGUCACGGCCCCUGUGGUACCAGGUGGGGCUAGACUUACAGCCCUGGGGGUGCCAGCCAAACAGCCUGGAGGGUUGCAAGGGCAGCCUGGGCUGUCCUGGCCAUUGGAUGGGCCUGGGGGUGAACCGCAUCUACCCAGUGGCUGGGGUCACCGUCGCCACUACCAUGAUGCUGAUGCUCAGCCGUGCGGUGAUGCAACGGCGGCGCUCACAGGCCACUAAGAGUGAGCAUCCGCAGGUGACGGCUAAGCCCUGUGCAUCCUGGAAACGACGGGCCCCGAUCUCAGACCGUGCCCUACUCCUUGGGGUCCUGCAUAUGCUGGAUGCCCUCCUGGUCCAUAUUGAGGGCCAUCUGCAGCGUCUAGCCACCCAGCAGCGAACCCAAAUAAAGGGGACUCCUGCCCAGAGCGGGUGA